CGUCACAUUUUCAAACGUAAACACAUAAACACCUUGCACGUGCAAUUGUUGUGCCGUAUUUUGCAGAACAACGUUGCUUCACGAUGGCUGGAAUAAGAAAGACUAAAGUGAAAUUAGCUGCACCGAAAAAUAAACAGAAGAAAGCCCUCAACAAAUGGAGCCAAGAAAAAAACACCAACAAUGGUGUGAAGAAACCAAACCGAGCUAAAUCGGACGAAACAAAGCAGGACAAAAAAGCCGCCAACAAGCCGAUCGUAUUCGUGUCUCCUAACGCGGGCGUUUCAUCCGAGGAUGGGAAUGAGUCAAUUGACUCGGAGCAGGAGCAGGAAACCGUUCCAAAGAAACUACCAGUCCUGCAACCGGUUCCGACCGAUAUACCCGAUCCGCAGCUGGAUCCGCGCAAAAUAAAGAAAUUGCAACCGCUGAUCGGGUACAUAUACAACGGUGAUCAACUAUCACUGAAGCAAAGCUUCCAACAGGCCGGGCUAUUACUAACACCGGACUACGACGAAAAGACACGAGUAUUUCGCUUCCUGGUUGACACAAAGGAAAUGUGCCGAGCGGUUGGCGAAAAGAACGAAGCACACUCGAUAGCGAGGGAGAAGCUGGUACAGAUCGUCCGGUACUACUGUUACACGGUGAAGCGUGUAAAAGAGUAUCACACGCGUAGGAAAAUUUUCUACACCCGACCACCGAAAGCGGCUAUUCAGGCACAGAAAGAUCAGAAGAAAAUCCAGGAAGAGAACGUCGGGUUUCAGAUGCUGCAGAAGCAAGGCUGGAACCCGGGGUCCGCUCUCGGUGUGUCGACUGAGGGUAUCAUUGAGCCGAUUGCUGUCCAGAGGCGUAAAGGCAAACGAGGUCUCGGCGUGGAAGACGCGGUCGCCCCGGAUGGAAUGUCUGGCGGAAAGGUGAAGAUUCCGGUGGAAGCGUUCUACCUGAUAUUGCAGCAGUAUGCCGGCGUUAAUGCACUGUACGAUAUAGUGUUUAGCUCGCAGUUUUCCAAGAACCAAAGGGCAAAGCUGAAAAACUAUGCUAAAUCAUUGAAAUUGAUGCCCCUGAUGAUUGGCCAGAACAAGAAGAAGCUGGUCGUGAGCAAGCCACUAACGAUCAAAGAGAUCAAGGAAGGCGUCAUGAAGGGACACUCGGAUCUGUGCGCCAAAUAUGUCGUGAUACCACCGGCGGCCGGUAUCCCACAGAAAGAUAGUACGUGUUAAGAUCAAAAUCCUUUUUGGCCAUUACACAAAAUUAUGACGACACUUUCUCAUAUCGGUAAUAUAUUUUCAAUAGUUUCAUAUUGUUUAAACAUA